GUGAACAUAACCGUCGAUGACACCUUUGGCGAUCCCACAACCGGAGUAAUUCCCCAAUAUCUACCAAACGAUCCUCCUGGGGUAUGGCAUGCCGGUAAUGCUACAGAGACAGACCACUGGAGAACCUCCCAUUGGACUGCAGGCGUACUCGAUGUAUUCGAGAUACGUAAUCAAACCUGGCAUGACUCAACACCAGCGAACGGACCGGCCCAGGUUGUCUUCAGCUUCACAGGGACUGCCGUCUACAUUUAUAAUGUCGUCCCGAACAUGGUCUUCGAGACAGUCACAACUUCCAACAUGACGUUCGCCAUCGAUGACUCGGUUGUCGGAAGCUUCGUCCACACGCCAGACCAAUCGGGGGUAACAUUGUACAAUCAGCUUGUGUACUCCAACACCACACUCGAACUCACUCCUCACACGAUCGUCAUCUCCGCCGACGGCGAUAAUCACUCCAACAUUCUUUUCGAUUACCUGAUUUACACU